AUGGCGGACGCUCUGUGUGGACCGUCAAAUGCAUUACAGAGCUUUCAAAAGCAUACAGCUGUCGACCGAACCCUACAGCAAGAUCGCCUUGUGAAUCGUCAUCCGUCUGUUCAGCCGAAUUUCCGCUCGCAACAUCCCAACGCUGCCGCACUAGAUCCUGAAUUCGAAGCUUUCGAGAACAAUUUCUCAGGAAAUGCAGCCCCUCAAUUAGGAGUCAGCGGCGCUUUCGACGCACCGCUUCGUCAUCAACCUCCACCUGCGUUCUCUGCUUCUGAUAACGUGGAUUGGGCCUCUGAUUUUCAGAAGCUACAGGUUUCCGGUCCUCCUCAAAAUUUAAUGCAACACCAUGUCAUGCCAGCCCAAUCCUUCCGUUCAACUCCUAUGAAUGGCUGGCAAAAUGAAUUCGCCCAACAGCAACAUCAACAGCAAGUGCAACAAAAUACUCAAACUCAUUUCCAACAGGCAGGCACUAUGGCGAAUUAUCAAGCCCCUUUCAUGUCUACUUAUCCCGGAGUAAAUGGCAUGGUAGCAUCUAUACCGGCGGGACAAGGGUCAAUACAAGCACCGUCGACUUUCGAUAAAGCUUCAGUCUCCUUUGACGAAUCUGCCUUCGCAGCUGCGUUUGAUCAAGCCCAGGCUGACAUGCACGAGCAAGAAAUCGCAGGCUCUGAGCAGCACCAAAUAUUAGAAGUGGAUAUGGGCUCGAAGAACGAAGAGUCCACAUUACAAACAGAAUCCCACGAGGAAAUACGAAUUGGCUCUGACUUGAUUGGACCUAAUAGCGAAACAAAUAUUCAAGAGCAGAAAGAAGACUCUGACGAAUUAGCAAGAACUGCUGGUCAUCUACUUGACAGUCUCAGUCACGACAAUAGCCAAAAAUUCAAAGAAAGCAACUUUCUUGCUUUGAUGCGUCGCAUCCGUGAUCGCGAGGUGCAUAUCGAGGGUGACGAAUUCCGCGAAACGACACAGGCCCUACACCCAGGUGGGAAGGAUUAUCCCGGAAAAUGCAAGACUGGCGAUGCUGGUAGUAAUGCGAACGAUAACCCAACUAGCAAAUCUAUACGCCCGGAAUAG